CUGACGCGUUAGUCGGAGUCGCUGACUGGUGGUGGCUGGAAAGCUGGAUGUUAGGUCGCCUUCGCUUCUUUCGAUGACAUUUCCACCAAGGCUGAAGACAGACUGAAGAUAGACUGAAGGAAGAGUAAAAUAGUGAAGACAGGCUGGAACUAAGGACAGAAAGGUGAAGACAGACUAAAAACAGACUGAAGGAAGAAGAAAGACUAAGAGAAGACUGAAGCGAGUGAAUACAGGCUAGAACUAGAGAAAAGACUGAAGACAAAGAGAAGAUAGAGAGAGAAGACUGAAGAUAUAGUGAGGACAGGAUGGCAGACUGCAGUGGUGAUGGUGGUGAUGUUUUGCAGUUUUGUGGUGUCCUGCCUCUUCUAACAUUCUCUCAGGCUAAACUUUCACCAGAGGAAGUGACGUCCUCUGGCUGUCUGCCUCCUGCUGUUAACCACGAUGAGAUAGACACAGUGGAGGAGGUGAAGGUAGUGAGAGAGGAGCCACCCCCCUCCCAGGCCUUGAGUCAAGCUGAGGCACUCCUGCAGAAGGCCAGGGGUCAGAGGAGCAGCCUGGAGAAGGAGCUGGGCCAGAUCAACACACAGCUGGCAAACAUCAUGAACUCCAAUGAAGAACUGAGGGAAGAGGUGAGGAGGGCAGAGAAGGCACUGAAAGAGGUCAUCUUAGGUCAGCCACAGCUCCUGGAGAGACAGAGACUCAGAGCUGAUGACCUGGUGAAGGAAAUUGACAAGUUCCGAAAGGGUGAGCUGGUGGUGCUGGAGGAGGAGGUGUGUAAACUGCAGAAGGCACAGCGAGAUGUCCUUAAGGAGCUCACCACCCACUCCAAGCUGUGUGAGGCGCUCCUGCAGUGUCUGAAGGCCAAGGAGCAACAAGUGCAUAGGGAGGUGUGGAAGCUGGAGGACUCUGCCACACUGUUGGAGGGGAAGGGGGCGCUGUGGAGGCAGUGUGAGGCGGCCACCAGGAAGGCAGGUGAGGAGGGCAGGGGGAGGCACCAGCAGGCAUUGGCAGUCCUGGAGGUGGUGACUCAGGGCUUUAUGCAGGUCACCAGGAGGGCUGAGGGGGUGUGUGUGUCCCUAGCGCCUCACCACACUCCCUCCCAUCACCACUCCUCUCCCUCACAUACUCCUCCUCUCACUUCCUCGCCUUCUUGA